AUGGCCCGGCCCGCGACGCUGGUGGUCGCAGUCCUGGGGCUGUGCCUGCUGCUGGCGCCACGCGGCCUCGCGUGGUACAGGCAGGCUGCAGGACGCAGUUACUACUCGGUGGGCCGCGCCGCGGGGCUGCUGUCUGGCAUCCGCGGGUCGCCGUACGCGCGGCGCUCCGAGCCUCCCGUCGGGGUGGGACCGCCGANGGGGGCGCGGCGGUCCCCGCCCUCAGCCCUCACCCCCACGCUCUAGGCCGUGUGUGUCAAGGACAUCACCCCGAACCUGCAGAGCUGCGAGCGGCUUCCCAACGGCCGCGGGACCUUCCAGUGCAAGGCGGACGUCUUCCUGUCGCUGCGCGCAGCUGACUGCCACGCCUGAGCCCCGGACCCCAGACCCGGACCUCUCCUGCCUCCUGCUGGGUACUGCCGACGCCCACUGUCUCCUUCGGGAACCCCUAGAAUCCACCGGCAUGGGAUGGCAUCCUCAGUGUUCUCCCACUCCCAACCUACCCCUCAGUAAAUGGCUGAAUGAAUAAACUAGGUAAAGACGC